CCCCCAUUUAUAUAUAUGUAUACGUAUUGUCAAAGUCUUAUUUAUUUCUUUUUCUGCAUUCAUAUUUAAAAAACGAUUUGCGUUUUCCACCUAUAAGUAUGUAAAACUACUUAGUUGAAAGUACCCCAAAAAGAACCAAGAACAAUGCAAUGGCUUAGUAUGUCAAUACACCUUCAAGCGAAACGCAGCCCGUCGCCCAGCUGUCCUGAGAGGUAAAUAGACCUACUACAAGUGUCUGAAAACUUUUAGCACUGUACCCAGUUCGCUCAUCACUAUUUAUGAUAAGAAGAAUUUCAGAAGAACAUUUCCUGGGAAACAAAAUCCCCCCCCAAAACACAGAAGAACUUUAAGCAAACUGUCUAACAUCACCGAGUACACAAAAGCCUCAACCUACCCAGUUCCAUUUUGUUCUUUUCUUCUUAGAGGGAAUGUCACUUGCGGGAGUCGAUGUCUUCUUCGGGACUUAUUGAGAUCAUUUUUCUACAGAUUGCUAAUCCAGAUGAUCAUGGUGUUGUAUGCCUUGCACGGAGCAACUGUUUGUACCCAACUCUUCCAACCCACCCCUCCAGGGAAAACUACUCUGGUUUCCCGAAUUACUCAGGAUUGUGUUCUGGGCGAUUGGAUACGUCCUACCAAUAGGGGUUCAUUUCAGGUUUCCUCGUUUAAGUAUACUCAUUCUUCGUGCUACCCUUUCCCAUAUCGUUGUGGUCUUUUUGACACCUGUGCACUGCCCCAUGGUUUCUCCGGUUAUCUCUCUUCAGCAUUCCCUA